GUCAAGGUCAGUGGAUUGGGCCAAAAGGGGGGUCAUUAAGCGGGUGCAGACUGUCUUCCUCCCACUCCCUGCUGCAGUAUGGAGGCCUCUCCCAGGUUCCUUUGCGGGGGUCUCCAAGCCUUCGCAGUCCUGCAGUGGGUCUUCUCCUUCUUGGGACUUGGCUCCGUGUGCCUGGUGGCCUUGCUCCUUGCUCUCCUCAGCCGGGCCUGGAUCCUCGUGGUCCUUUACCUGCUCUGGCUCUAUGGGGACAGGAACACACCCAGGGUUGGAGGCCGGCGCUCUGCCUGGGUUCGAAACUGGGCGAUCUGGAGACAUUUCCGUGACUACUUCCCCAUAUCGCUAGUUAAAACCGCAGAGUUGGAUCCCUGCCGGAACUACCUCUUUGGCUUCCACCCUCACGGGGUCCUGGUUGUGGGGGCCUUUGGCAACUUCUGUACAGAGGCCACUGGUUUCUCCCGCCUCUUCCCGGGCCUCAGGCCACACCUGCUCAUGUUGCCUUGCUGGUUCCAAAUCCCUAUCUUCCGGGACUACAUUAUGACUAGUGGGUUGGUCUCCUCUGACAAGGCCAGCGUUUCCUAUCUGUUGUCCUGUUCUGGGGGCGGCCAGGUGGCCGUCCUGGCCGUGGGAGGGCCCCUGGAGGCGUUGGAGGCAAAGCCCGGAGCAUUGAGCUUGCGGAUCCGGAAUCAGAAAGGAUUCGUUAAGGUGGCCCUGGAACACGGGGCCGCGCUGGUGCCUGUCUUCUCCUUUGGGGAGAAUGAGCUCUUCCGGCAGUUGCCAAACCCCCCGGGCUCCUGCGUGCGGAGGGCGCAGGAGGCGCUGCAGUCACUGCUGAGCGUGGCCCUGCCGCUGUUCCACGGCCGCCUGGGCCUCCUGAUGCCCUUCCGCUCGCCCAUCCACACCGUCGAUCCCUGCGGCCGGCUGGCUGGGGGCGGCCCGAGCAUCCUAGCGACCGGCCCUUCAUCGUGUUCCUCCCCCAGUGGGCGCAGCGAUUCCGGUGCAGCGAAGCCCGCGGCCCAGCCGGGCGCAAGUGGACGCGCUGCACGCGCUCUACGUGGAGCGGCUCACGCAGUUGUUCGAGGAACACAAGGAGCGCUACGGAGUCCCUGCAGACAGGCACCUGGUCCUCACCUAGGCGCGCCCUCCCGGCCCUGCCCCUUCCCCUCGGUGACCGCAGGUGGGGGAGUGGAAUUAAAGAUGGGAACAGAGCGCCGCGUUUGUGUGUUUGUGCCUGGUGUGUGAGUUCGGGGCGCGCCCGGCACUCCUGGGGAGCCCUGACUCUUCCAGAGACCUCAAAUAACCCGGUCGAGGGCCUCGGCUCGGCUGUGGUGGAGAUCAAAGCCUGGUUGGGGCCCAGCCCCCACCCCCAACGUCGCCUGGGACCCAGUGAGG